AUGAAUACAAAUACUUAUAUGGAUGUCUAUGGAAUCGUUGUUGGCAGGAAGAUACCCAAUCUCCAAUUUUUCAUAUGGUGCAAAGAAUCAGGAUCCGAUUUAGUUCUUCAAAUGGACCAAAGAAAACCAGUUGAAUUGGGCACUUGGGUCCAUAUGUAUUUUAACGGAUCCGAAUAUCAGAAUCCAAACUUUCUUAUUCAUGAUUAUGUAGUCGUUACGCCAAUAUAUAAAACUGAAGUCAUAGGACACACGGUUCGACUUCAAUUGGAGCAGUAUUUGAAUAACAAUCUCAAAGAGCUGGACCAUUGGUUUUUUGGGAAGAUUUAUAAUAAUCGAAACAAGGAGUUUGCACCUGACGUUUAUUAUCUAACAAUCAAGAAAAUUCGACAAGAUGGCGGAGAUAUUUGGGUGAUGGAGAGCGUCGAUAAAACAGAACCCAAGCAACCAAAUGUUUCUGGAAUUAUUGGAAUUGUAUCGGGAAGUGGAAAGAAGAACAAUAAGUAUUUCGUUUGGUGCAAAGAGAGAAAGGCCGAUUAUGAUGUUGUCAUAUUCUCUGAAAACGCGAAUAUCCAAAUUGGAACAUGGCUGAAAUUGAAUUUAUCACUGGACCAGCUAUCUCAAGAGUAUCUGGAAUGUCCCAAUUUUACAGUAAUCCCAUAUCCAGUUCAUACAACUUUCCCAUCUAAAAAUAACCAAUUAUGCUUAACAUUGGAGUUAGAUAUUCCAGAAGGUUCACAGAACCUUUCACAUCCAUUUGUGGGAGAGAUUAUAAAUAUCAUUGAACCAUUUAGACAAACCGGGAGAUAUUCGAUAACUAUAAUGAGGAAAAAAAUCGGAACACAAAUUGGAUGGUUCUUGACAGCGAAACAAUUGAAGCAACCAAAGGAUUUGAUCGAGCCAAUUCAGUAUACAAUUAAUCUUCAACAUGUUGCGAGACAUCAUAUAUCAAGGAGAGAUGUGCUCGAACCAGAUUCUCCACCCCAAACUGCACCCAGAUAUUCUCGUAAUCAGCACCAGACCGACAUUCUGGGCUCACAAUUUGAUACGUUGCUCAAUACUACUAACCGACCUUCUACAAGUUCCAAUCAACCUGGAAAUUGGAAUCCAGUUCAAACAACAAGAACUUCUCGCCCACAGCGAUCAUCAUCGAGACCAAGGAAUGAGACAUCUGCUCAAACAACAACUUCAAGACAACGAUCAUCAUCAAGACCAAGGAAUGAGGUUAUUAGCUCCAGAAACGCGCCAUGGCACCGAAAAUUAAUAAGAAACUUUUUUCAGAUACCCGCUGGUCCACCAGCUCCAAGACAACGAUCAACAUCAAGACCUAGACACCAUGAAAAUCCAAUUCGGCCAAUUUUGAAACAGCAGCUGAGACCAAGAAGUCUGAGUCGGGUUCAAUUCCAAUCCUCAAACGCAGAAACCCCUAACGUUGAACUCACUGGAAUCGUCGUGGCAGAAUCCCCGUAUUUCUUCUACGUGUGGUGUCGGGAACGUCUUCCAGGAUUAGAUCUUGCAAUUCCAAAAUCUGAGUCUCGUUCUCUCACCGAUUGGAUCCAAUUCUCAAUUACUCGUGAUGAAUUGGAUAGUUCAUUCCCAUCUGACCCAAAAUUUCAAAUAAGAGAGGUUCGAAGAAUCACAUCGAAAUUUCCAACGGAUUUAUCAAAAACCGGAAAAUCGGUGACCAUAAAAAUCGAUAUGGAAAUCGAGAGAAAUCCAAGAAUUGAAGAUAUUCAUCAUGAUGUUAUGGGUCUUAUUAUAAAUGAGAAAUUCAAAUUUGAAGAAUCAGGAAGGUACACCAUCACCAUUAGUAGAUUCAAAAGCAAGAAAGAAGAGAAUCCGAGAAGUGUGUGGCAUCUGAAGUUUCGUGAAUUGGCUCCACCCACUCCAAUGCCUUCACAAUUGCCUGUAGCCGACGAGAGCAAUCGGAAAAGAGCAAUAAUUCUGAACAUUUCAAAUUUCGAACACCAUGAAACAAUCAAUGUAUGGAUUCUUGAUGUGAAACAGCAAGGCAUUGUUAAAUUGAAUGCGCCUACGGAGAAGUUGAAUCUGGCAGCUGGAGACAUGUUCGAAGCAGAUUUGUCCAACACGAAUGGGACUUGGUUUUCGUCUGGUCCAAUCACAAAAGUUAAGAAUUCAUAUACAACAAGACCAAGUAACAAUAGCGGUCAAGUGGAAAUUCUAUUGAGCGUAAAAGUUGUCAGCGAUUCGCAUCCAAGUUAUCGUUGCUCCUGGAUUGAUCACGAACAUUUUGGAGACAUUAGCUUCAGAAUGACAUAA